AGUGUAUGCUGACGGCAGCACUAAAAAUACUCUGAGCUCUGUGUAUCGGGUUCCAGCUGAGUUAGCGGGCGAACUCUGCUGAGUUGGAGCAGAAGUCCUCACAGUUUUCUUUUGCCGAUCUCCAAACCUGUGGGAAUGGCAGAAACCAUCACAGACGGAAACACAAUGAUGGAAGACACAAUGGUGGAAGACACAGAGGCUCCCUCUCCUCCUCCUCCCCCAGCGGCUGUCAGUAAGAAUGGGAGGAAAGCAGAGGGGAAUUCCAUCUUCAGCUGGAUCUUUGUCUUGGCCCUUCUGGGAGCCUGGACCGCAGUUGGAGUGGUGUGGUUUGACAUUGUCGACUAUGACACUGUUGUAGGCACACUGGUCCCUUAUGAUAUUGAUGGAGAUGGUCACCUUGGUUUGGAGGAUGCCAAAGUGCUACUUGGUUUGAAAGAGAAGCCAGUUGCCAGAGAAACACCCCCACAUACACCAGUAACAGACACAUCAGAUGAACAGGAUGUUAGGUCUGAUUUACGGAGAGAAGCAGAACCUACUGUGGCUAAAUCUGAAUUUGUCAAUACUGCAUCAUCAGAACAAGAUUCAUUCAACAUUGAUUCCACUGCUGCUGAUGCUGGCCUCUCUCGUUUGGAGCAGGAAUUUACACCAUUUGAUCCCAUAGAGGACAAUUUUGAUAGUUUCCCUCAAGAAGAAAACCCGGACACCAUUGACACCACUGGAGAGCUGGUGGUGGAGUACCUACCAGAGGAGACAGAAGGACAGAGUGAUACAACUGUGCUGUACAGUGAACAAUUUGCCAGUCAGCAAACAGGUGAAGCAGACCCCAGAGCACCAGAUUCUACUCAGGACAUGGAGGGCGCCAACCCAGAACCAACAGCAGAGUCUGCUGCCGAGGUCACCCAGGACUCCACGCCAGUACUGCCAGAGACCACUGCACAAUCUGCACCGCAGUCGCCACAAGACACCACUCAGUCAAACACAGCUGAGGAAACACCCACAGAGGUAACAGGUAAAAAGAAGAAGCCCAAGAUGUUCAACAAAUUUGACAAAACUAUUAAAUCAGAGAUAGACACAGCAGAGAAAUUACGCAAGAAGGGUAAAGCAGAGGAAGCCUUAAGAGCUUUUGAAGGUCUUGUGCAAAAAUACCCUCACAGUCCCAGGAGUCGGUAUGGUAAAGCACAGUCAGAGGAUGACGUGGCUGAAAAGUUGCGCAGUAAUGACAUGCUGCUAAAGGCGGUGAACUCCUACAAAGACGCUGCAGAACUCCCAGAUGCCCCUGUGGCACUUAUCAAAGCUGCACUCAAAAGAAGGGCAGACAGACAACAGUUCCUAGGCCGAAUGCGUGGGUCCUUGGCUACUCUGCAGUUACUCGUCCAGACCUUCCCAGAUGACAUUGCUCUACAAAAUGACCUGGGAGUGGCCUAUUUGUUGAUAGGCGAUAACAAGGCGGCCAAGAAAGUGUAUGAAGAGGUUUUGGUCAAGGCACCAAGUGAUGGAUUUGCAAAGGUGCAUUACGGCUUCAUCCUCAAAUCAGAGAACAAGAUAGCAGAGAGCAUCCCUUAUCUGAGGGAAGGUCUGGAGUCUGAAGCAGCAGGAACUGAUGACGGGAGGUUCUACUUCCACCUGGGAGACGCUCUGCAGAGAGUCGGAGACCAGAGUGCUUAUGAAUGGUAUGAGCGGGGGCACAAGCGAGGUCACUUUGCCUCUGUGUGGCAGCGCUCUCUAUAUAAUGUCAAUGGACUGCGAGCCCAGCCCUGGUGGACAGCAAAGGAGACUGGAUACACCGACCUGGUGAAGACAUUGGAGCGUAACUGGAUUACCAUCAGGGAUGAGGCUUUGUCUGUAAUGAACGCCAGCAGUGGCCUCUUUGUAGCUGAGGAUGAGAACCUGAGAGAGAAGGGAGACUGGGGUCAGUUCACUCUGUGGCAGCAAGGACGUAAGGUUGCCUCUUCCUGUCGCAGUGUUCCAAAAACCUGUGCCCUGUUGGACCGCUACCCAGAGGCCACAAGUUGUAAAAGAGGCCAGAUCAAAUUCUCAGUGAUGCAGCCCGGCACCCAUGUCUGGCCUCACACUGGGCCCACCAACUGCCGACUGCGGAUGCACCUGGGCCUGGUCAUCCCCCGAGACGGCUGCAGGAUCCGCUGCACCGACCACACCAGGGGCUGGGAGGAGGGCAAGGUCCUCAUCUUUGAUGACUCUUUUGAACAUGAAGUGUGGCAGGACGCAGACAGCUACCGGCUUAUCUUCAUUGUGGACGUGUGGCACCCAGAGCUCAGCCAGACGCAAAGACAGACACUAUCCCCCAUAUAGAGGUCAAAAGGUCACACCAAGGCUCUCGCUCCCCACCACAGGGUUCAGCCACACAAAUGGACUCGCUCACCAUCUUUUCCGACACGUCUGAGCCAGAUUAUAAAUAUAUAUGCGAACAUCAUUUUAGAACUUCUGAGGGGAACUAAAGCUGUAGUGCUCUCUAAUGUGAGCAAUCUUCCCUUUACCCCAAUGCCUGUGGUACUGAUAUGAAUGUAAAUAAUAUAUCUAUAAGCUUAAUGAAGAACAAUGGAGCUGCACCUCUUCAGGGGUUCAGCUAAAUGUCAGCUGAAAACACUACAUUCCCAUUAGGGUGUCAUGGUUAGAGGAUAGGAAUACAAUAUAGAACUUUGCUGAAGUUCAACAUCUGAAUAAAUUAGGCUAAGAAAAAAAGUUUUCAGAGGCUAUAUUUGUUAUCAGUGAUUAGAUCAUUGGAAUAUGUAUGUUUUCUGAGUUGUCCCGAUGUUACUGAGAGUGUACAUGAAUUAUUAUUUUUUUUUUUUUUUUUUUAACAAAAACAAAUGCUACUUCUGAAGGUCCUAUUUCCAUGUUAUGAUGUGAGUGUUCUAUGCACUUUGUGUCUAUUUUGUGUGGUUGAUGUGUGUCUCUGUUGGUGCCUUAGUUGAACUGUUGUGUGUGUGUGUGUGUGUGUGAUUUGAAGGAUGGUAAAAUGCCAAAUACCAUUGUGUCAGUCCUCACUGUAUCAUGUGUGCCUGAAUUCUAAGGUGAGUUACAUGAACAUUUAGAAACAAGCUCUGGGGUUGAAACAGACAAGCCAUUUGAUGCAACAGAAUGCCCACAGGAAUAUUUCUGAAUGCUCCAUAGAACAUAUCAUGUGUGCAGUAAUGAGCACCUCAAUGACCGAACCAAUUGCUGCUUUCCAACCCAUUUAGGAGCCCUCCUGCAUUCCCACUCCCUGUAGUCACUGGGCACAAACUGACUCAUUUUUUAACUGGUCACUUAAUUUAUCCCCAUUUUAGUUUGAGAAAAAAAACAUGCUUCAUCAAUAUAUUGACCGGUAAAAAAAAAAACAAGUUAUUAUUUUACAUGUCUGUCCGCCAUAGUGUGCAUUCUACUUUCAUUUGUCUCAAUAUGUCACAUUCUGGCUCAUUAAAAAAAUAGUUUGCCAUUUUUCAACCCAUGGUCAUUUGAAAUGUCAUCACCCUUUAUUGAGAUGCUUGUUUGUACAAUAGCACAUAUCUUAGAUAAACCAUUCCCUUCAACCACUGUUGAAAGAAUUGGGUUUUCCUUAAACGGAUCACAGGAAGUGCCUCUCAGGAUAACUGACUGCUGUAAUAAAAUGCCAAUUGAUCUUGUAAUUUGUUGCACUGAAUAUAUGAAUAGAUGCCAUUUUUGUUCUGUGAGUAAACAAUGUCAUCAACACA